AUGGAAUACCAUGAAAAAGCAUUAGAAAUUCAAGAGAAAUAUUAUUCAACAAACAGUAUGAUCCUAGCUGAUACCAUCAAUCGUAUCGGUCAUGUUCUAUACAAUGAAAAGAAGUAUGAUGCAGCGAUUCACUAUUACUACCGGGUACUUUCAAUGCAAAAACGUUUCUGUCCUAAUAGUUACAUUCAAAUUUCAUAUACUCUUACCUUUAUUGGUAACAUUUUGUAUGAGCAAGGAGAGUAUGAUGAUGCUCUUCAGUAUUAUCGAAAAUCCUUGUUUAUUCAAGAAAAAUAUCAUGAAUUUUGUCAUGUUGACAUUGCUGAAAACUUGAAUUUUAUUGGUCUUGUUCAGUGUAGCCAAAAGAAUUAUGAUGAAGCUAUUCAUUACUUUCAACGGUCAUUAGCUAUUCAAAAUGAAUUCCGUCCAUUUAGUUAUGAUAAUAUUGCAACCAUUCUUAGCAAUAUUGGUAAUGCUCUGUAUUAUCAACGAAAAUAUGAUAAAGCUCUUGAUUUUUAUCAACGAGCGCAUAAAUUACGAGAAAAUUUUGAUGCAACUAAUCAUGUUCACAUUUUAAAUAGCCUUAUAAGCAUUGCCAAUAUUCGAAGAGAUCAAAAACAGUACGAUGAUGCUAUCAAAUUCCAACAACAAGCAUUAAUCAUACAAAAAGAACAUUAUCCUUUUGAUCAUGUGAACAUUGCUGCCAUUCUGAAUAAACAAAGAAAAUAUAAUGAAGCUCUUGACUUCUAUCAACAAGCACAGGAAAUUCACGAAAAAUGCUGUCCAUUAAAUCUUAUUGAUGUAGCUAAUGGUUUGAUCAAUAUUGGUGAUAUCCUGAAUAAACAAGAAAAAUACGAACAAGCUCUUGGGUUUCAACAAAAAGCAUUAAUAAUUCGAGAAGAAAAAUAUUCAUGUUGUCAUGAAAAAGUUGCAAAUAGUUUGAAUCGCAUUGGUGAUAUUCGAUUUUAUCAAAAAGAAUAUAAUCUUGCACUCGAUUACUAUCAACGAGCUCUCGUUAUCCUCGAAAACUAUUAUCCAUCUGGUCAUAUCGAUAUUGCACCAUGUUUAAGAUCUAUUGGAAUGAUCUUAUGUAUACAAAGAAAAUAUGAUGAAGCACUUGAUUUUCAUCGACGAGCACUGAAAAUCUAUGAACGGUAUUAUCCAUCCGAUCAUGAGGAACUUGCUGCUUCUUUAGAUUCCUUUGAUAUUCUUGUUUCACUAUGGAUUAAUAAACUACUAUCUCAAUCUGCUCAACAUGAUAUUCAAACAAUAACAGCUCUUUGCCAUUUUCUCGAAGGAAAAUCUCAUGACUUUGAUACUAUUCAAUGGUUAGAUCAAACGUCUUGUUCAAUACUUCAAUCCUUGUUAUCAUUGGAUAAUGAAAAUAAUGGAUUUGCUAUUGAUAGAUUAUUAGUUAAAAUUGCUUUCUCAAAUCAUCAAUUAUUACCUGUAAAUCCAACGACUCUCAAAGAAUUCCUACUUGAUAAAGAUUUUGAAAUAAAUUCAAUUCCUAUGAUUCUCUUUCCGUUAAUCAUUACUUUAUAUGGGGGUUUAAAACGAGAUGGUUCAGUUGUUAUGUUCGAUCCUUCUGAUAUUCAUCGAGAAUCAACUGCAAUAACACCAAUGUUAAUACGUUUUCUAUCUGAUAAUGAUUGCAAUAAACAAAAACAAAAUUUAAAAAAAUUAAAACAAGAAUGUAUAAAAUCUUUUGCGAUACGAAUAGAAAAUCAUGAUGAAUCUUUAGAAGCAGUUGAUUUGUGUAUUGCAACUAUAUGUUUUUAUAAUAUUGAAUAUAUACAAGAAAAUUUAAAGAUGAUUUCCAAUUCUUUUUUACGUAUGUGUAGAAAUAGAUUAAAAUAUAUUUCAAUGAUUUUACGUCAAUUCUAUUUUGCUGCCGAUGAAAAAGAUCUAUCCUUGGAAAAUGAAACAACAAUAUUUAUUUCAACAUGUAUCAAAAAAUUUCAAUAUGUUGAAUCAGCAAGAAUUCAUUUUUUGGAUUUGUUAAAUUCAUUAAGAAGUAGUGUAGCUCGAUUACGAUUUUCCUCAACAUCAAUUUUAUUAGAAGGAAUAUCAAAAUCUGAUAAACGAGUGACAUUAUAUCUACCUAAUUCUUUACGAAAAGAGAAUUCAUUUCUAAAUUGUCUUUUAACAACUGAUAUGCACAUUUGUUUCGAUCGAAAAUCGUCCUCAUUAAUUUAUCAUUUCACUAAACUUUUCUGGCUAUUAGAAGAAAAUGAUCAGUUCGAUACACAAUAUAGAAUGGCAGUUGCUAUGGAUAACAUACCAGAAUACUUAAUGUUUCUCAAUAAUGAAGAUCUUUUAAUUCCAUUAACAUUCGUUCCUUCACAUUUACGGAAUCUUUAUGAUCGAUUAUUGAAAGAAAAAUUUAUUACAAUUAAUCCAAGAGAGUCAAUAGCAAAUAGCAGACAACAUCUUUAUUUUGGAUCUUAUUUAACAGAUGAAGAACGGAAAAGAGUAAUACAAGAUAAUAUUGAACAAGAAUAUCAAAGGCUUAAAAAUGCUUCAGUUGAAAAUGAUCAAAGAAAUGUAAAACUUUAUUCUGCAUCAAUCUCUUUGGCACGUAUUUGUCGUUGGACUGACGAUGGAAGAAAAUCAUUUUUAUUAGAACAAAGUAUAAAUGGAGCUAUGUCAAUUCAGAACAAACUUGCACGUCUUGAUGCAUUAUGUGUCAUUGCUUUUUACUUACAUUCCGACUAUGAUCAAAUUAGAAUAGAUAGAGAUAGAUCUCUUAAAAAGGAAAUUGAGCAUCAGUUCAAUGAAAUUUAUCCAACUUUACCUCUUCUACUACAAACGAUUAUUUUUAUUCGAUGUUUACCUUUACUUCAGCAUUCAAAAGCAACUGAUGAUUGUCUUCAAAAUAUCAUAAAUAAAUUUGCCAAUACAGACCAACGAGAUCAACAAGCGGUCAUUGGAGCUUUAUUACCAUACAUGCAAAUGAAUAGCACUUUUUCAUCCAUUUCGAAUUAUUUCUCUUAUAAUUUACAAGAGCAAAAUAAAACAAUACAUAAUAAAUCUUCUGCUUUGAAAACAUAUAUUGAUAUUGGUACACAUGAAAAUUUAUCGUUUUCAUUAUUUAUGUCUAAUUUGUAUCUUGUGGAAUUAGCGAAUGAUUUUAAUAAACUGAUUAAAAUGGAUAAUCGUCAAUUGAACAUCAAUGAACCAAUCGAAAUGAAGCUGUUUGAAUUUAACAAUAAUAUUUUGACAGGAGUACAAGCAUUAGCAAUAACAAAUAUUCUUUCUUUCAUCUCGUCAACUAAUCGAUAUAAUCAGUAUGAAAAGCUUUUGGUUACCUUAAGCAAUACUCUUCAUCGUGCGAAUUUGAUAGAAUUAAAAGCGUGUCGCUUGUUAGAAUCUUGGCUGAAAUGGAAAGAUUCAAAUGAAUAUUCUUGUUUUGCCUAUCAUGCUGCACUUCUUCUAAUUAAUUCUCAUAUAUGGUCUGUCGAAACUACAACAAUUGUAUGUGAUCUUUUAUGUAGUGACAAUGAUCGUUUUCGUCAAAGAGCUGAAAUUAUAUUCCAAUCACGAAAUGAAAAUGAUGUUCGAACUAGUUCAAUAUUGGGUAUUGAUGUUUUAUUAAUUUUAGUUAAGAAGAAAGUUCAUUAUCAAUUAACUUCAGCUUCUACCAAACUAAAAUUAAUUCGAUUGUUUUCAAAUAUAAUUAUAGAUAUUCAAUCUCAUCUAGAAACAUUACUUUGGUUAGAAAGAUACAGAAUUCAUGCAUUAACCAAUAAGAAAUAUUCCUUCAACAAGUUAAGAUCGUCGACAAAUUCUAUUGUAGCUACGUUUUUUUCAACUGAUAUAGCGAUAGAUGCAUGUACUUAUAUUAAUUUUUUUCGACUUUCUUUCUGA